AUGUCGAUCGCGGAAUUGAACAGAAAGUUAGACUCGCUGGAGGAACAGAUCACGAAGAAAAAUAUAAGCGCGAUUACUUUUGCUCAGAAAAAGCUUGAAAACACCAACAAAUACGCAAACGUAGAUACCCUCUUCAAAGACAUCAGUCGACUAACCCAUCUGCUUGAUCUUUCUUGCUCCGAAAUCACGCCUGAGGCGAUGAACCAGCUUGCAGUCAGUAUCGAGCCCAUCGUUCAGCAAAUCGCGCCCUACAUGGACAAGGUUCAGUCACUUGAAAAAUACAGUCACCUUGGCGAACUGGAAAACAUGAUCGAAAAGAAGAAAGAUAUCCAGAAACUGGCGACGCUGAAUAGACUUCAAUACGAAAAAGCACAAAAUCUAGGUCAAAAUACUGGAAUUCUUCUGGCUCAUUACAACGCAAUCAUCGACAACUUGUCCCGCGACUUUGCUGUUUUAGAAGCCCAACUUUCAGAAGUCGAAGAUCUCAGUCCAUAA